AUGUCGAGGCUGAAAUCAUCUUCGACCUUUACGAUUCAUUCCACUGUAAUUUCUUCUUCAUCCCUUCACCAUCUAUCCCUUUUCUUCUUCCUACUACUCGUUUUUCUCCCUCCUCUUCCUUUCACAUACGCACAGUCCGCCCUUGGUCAGCCCACAUCUGACAUUUCCUGGCGUGCCGGCCACUCCGCCUGUAUAAUAUCCAACUACAUGGUCCUCUUUGGCGGUGUAACUUCUUCAUCCGUUGACUUCUUUACGACUUCCGCAGCAACUAACGACGUUGUCGUUUGGGGUAUAUCCGAUCAGCGUUGGUACAAGCCUGGCAUAACUGCCGUUGCCGGAAGCGCAGUACCGCUCCCACAAAAGUUCGUACCCUGUGUCAGCUUAUCUGGAAAAAUGUUUGUCCUAAUAGCUAAUUCGACGGACCAGAGUGUUGCAAAGGAUAUCGCAGUUCUGGAUGGAACGUUUUGGAAUUGGCAAGAUAGUAUUACUACAUCACCGCCGCCAGAUUUCCGCGUAGGUGCAACACUCACAGCUGUAAAUGAUACGCUAUAUCGAUAUGCUGGCCAGCAAGCUUCCCCUACUGGGAAUCCAAUGGCGGGCAUUAACAACCUGCUGUAUUCUUUGGACUCAAAAACUCUGGUGUGGACAUCUCGUGCCAAUGGUCCAUCAUUAGCAUAUCACACAGCUUGCUAUUUGCCAAAGUUUGACAUAAUUGCCCUCUUCGGUGGUCAAAAUACCGAUUCCCAGCCGCAAGAUGUACUGACUACCUACUCUGUUACAAAAGGCGUGUGGAAUCAAUUCGUUACUACCACGUCGCAAACUAAACCAAGUGCUCGACUGGGACAUUCAGCAGUGUGUACAGAAGAUAAAAUGAUUGUAUUUGGUGGUGGAACUAUAUCCUCUAACGGUGGUACAGCAUCGGAUAGUUCAGUAUGGUUAGCGACAGCAACAUCAGAAACUAGCUUUUCCUGGUCGACACCAGUAACAAAUCAAACGAACAGUCCAUCUUCACGCAUGGGACAUUCGGCAGUUCUUUCAGGAAAUAAUAUGAUUGUGUUUGGCGGAAUAGGGAGUGCAAUUAAUGACAAGACAGUAUAUAUACUAGACACCAAUACGUGGACGUGGAGUUCCGUCUCACCGGGAGGAAAUCCAUCAUCCUCAUCACAAACUGCGCCUGCAGCUUCGGGCAGUGGGACGUCUGCGACCUCGAUUGCUGGCAGUACAACCUCAGGCACGACUGGACAGAAAAAAUCUCUAACAGUAAUAAUCGCUGCUGCAGUUGGCGGAUUUGUUGGUGUUAUAUUCAUGGCGAUUGCAAUUUUCGCUACAACCCGUCAUUAUAGACGCAAAAACCGCAAACUUCAAUUCGACGACGACGAAAUGAGCGAAGUCGACUCUGCUCUUGGUGGCAACUCAACCGACAUGUCACCCCCGCCUCGAUCUCGAGAAGUCGUUCUCUCUUCUCCAGUAGCAGCGCGUUUAGCAAAUAAAGACACGGUAUUCAACGUCGAAACACUGCCACGUUUACAACAGCUUGAUGGGAUAGACAAGAGAGAGUCUAUCAUUGCGCCAGAAGCAGCUAGAGCAGCACCGUUGAAUCCUUGGAACAGAAGUAAUGGACCUAGGGGACAUUACGUAAGAGGGAGCACCGACUCGUUUGGGAAUUGGCGCAGUAAAAGUGAAACGGGCGAGGAAGAAGAAGCUGAUAGAUGGACAUUUGCAUCGUCGUUCUCAUAUGACAGAGAACGCGAAAAAGAUCAGUUGCGAGACGGAUCUACACCUCCAAUACGUUAUAUGCCACAAAGAAUGGACUCGGUGGGAAGUUUGUCCUCUACUUUUGGUCAACGUGGCGGACACACAUUUCCCUAUCACCACGGACACAGCGCACAUGCCUCUCACCCUUGGAUGCAAUCACGUGGUGACGAUGACGACCCCCAUCAAUCUGUUCCUUUGGCCAUGCCUGUCGUGCAGCCAGAAGUCAUCGUUACUGCUCCGCGUGUUCCGCCUAACGUUGCACCUACCGAUUAUAACGUGGGAUCAGGACUGAAUUCUCAGCAGUAUGGAAAUUCUAAUAGUAGUGGAGGUGGACAUAUUAGGGCGACAACGGUGUCUGGACUAGGGGAUAAUCAAGUGAGCUUGAACGAUACGUUGAGUCCUUUGGAUAGAAUCGCUAGACUGUUUUCGGGCGGCGAUGUUUCCGGAGCUAUUGGGAUAGGCGAAAAGGAGACCGUGAUGUAUCCACAAAAUACACAGCAUUCUACGAACGAAGAUACAAACUCUGUUCGCGGACAAUCAAUAUUUAUAGCGCCAGCAGUAGAAGACACGAAUUCGAAUUCUGGCAAUAAUGCGAUUUACAAUGCGAAUUCCCUACACCAAUCGGCUGAAGAUGUGAGUCAUGUAAAAGACGCCGUUAGUUUACGCGGUACAAUAUCUGUUGCUAGUGUCAAAGAACUGGCAGCAGCACAUUCGUCGGUUGCAAGAGAUGAGAAGCUAACAGCGCAAAAUCUUUACAAGAAUAGUCCGAGUCAAGAGAGUAUUACGAAAAUUGCUGAUUUGGCCGGGUCGAGUGGAAGUAAUCAACAGGAAGCUGCUAGUGUAGAAGGUGGAGGAGAGACGAAUAAGGAACGGAAGAGAUGGAGUUGGGGUUGA